AUGUUACAGCUCACCGGAAGGGCAGUGCCGAUUACACGGCAGGCGAUUGUGCGGCAGGCUAUAUUCAGGCGGGGUUAUUACAGUCCACUGAGGAGAGUGCAUCCUACAUCAUAUUACCACUCGUUUGUGCGACCUUCGCGGUUUCUGUAUGUGUCUCACGAAGCAAUUCACCAGCUCUCACACAAACGGAAUGCAUCUUUUUUCCCAAAAAUGAUUGCCAGAGUCAUCAGAGUGCCUGCGUACAUUGGAGGGGGAGCUGCUGCUGUGAGCUCUUACUUGGCGUACAAACUCGAAGAGGCCACGCAUUUUUCUCAUAAUAAGCUUGCUCAGCUCAAGGAGUUAGCACAGACUAUGAAGGAGAGAUUCGGAGACACCUUCGGACGACAGGGUCCAGACGGUGAUAACGGUGGCGAGGGAACUGAAGGCGAAGAGGCCCUUGCUACAGGCGCACUCCUAGCAUCGCUAGACAAUAACGACGCAGAGGCUAAGCGCGCGAACGAAGAAGAUGAUGACGAUGAUGACGAGGAAGAGGAUAACACAGAAAGUGAAAUCUUGAAUCUUACAAAACAAAUGAUCGAAAUAAGAAGCAUACUGAAUAAAGUAGACUCGUCGUCUGCUAAUCUCACACUGCCCUCGAUUGUUGUGAUAGGCUCUCAGUCUUCAGGGAAGUCCUCUGUGUUAGAGUCUAUAGUUGGUAAGGAAUUCUUACCAAAAGGGUCUAACAUGGUGACCAGAAGACCCAUUGAACUGACACUCGUCAAUACGGCAAGCAGUAAUGAGACCACUGCAGACUUUCCUAGUUUACGUGCUUACAACAUCAAAGAUUUCAACGAGGUGAAAAGAAUUUUAAUGGAGCUUAACAUGGCCGUUCCAAGUACUGAGGCAGUAUCUGCCGACCCUAUUCAGCUGACCAUUAAAUCAUCGCGUGUACCUGACUUGUCCCUUGUUGAUUUACCGGGCUAUAUCCAAGUCGAGGCUGCGGAUCAGCCAUACGAGCUGAAGUCCAAAAUCCGUCAAGUUUGCGAAACUUAUCUCGCAGAACCAAACAUCAUCUUAGCCAUCUCGGCUGCUGAUGUUGAUCUCGCUAACAGUAGUGCCCUGCGAGCUAGUAAGGUUGCUGACCCAAAAGGAACAAGAACAAUUGGAGUUAUCACGAAGCUGGAUCUAGUGGAACCUGCACGCGCUAGGGAGAUUCUUAACAGCAAAAAAUAUCCUUUAAAGAUGGGUUAUGUUGGCGUAAUUACAAAAAGCCCUGGCUCCCAGUCAAGGCUUUUUGAUUCAGGUUCCAAGUCGGGGCUUUUCAAGCGUAACACCAAUAAAGAGGUUGAGCUGGAACAAACCCGCAGCUUUGAACGGAAUUACUUCAGAGAAAAUAAGAGUGUAUUCACAAACUGUCAGGUUUCUACCAAGCGUCUCCGCGAAAAACUAAUUAAAAUUUUAGAGGUGUCUAUGUCUAACGCACUAGAACCCACAUCAAGAGUGAUUCAACAGGAACUUGAUGAUACCUCCUAUCUGUUUAAAGUCGAAUUCAAUGAUCGUCAGCUUACGCCGAAGUCAUAUCUUCUCAACAAUGUUGAUAUCCUGAAGUUGGCCAUCAAAGAAUUCCAGGAAAAGUUCAACAGAUACGAACUAAAAUCUAUUUUGAAGGCAGACCUCGAUCAGAGAGUACUUGAUCUAUUAGCUUCCCGCUAUUGGAAGGACGAAAACCUACAGGAACUUUCUUCAAAGAAAUCGGAAAAAGAUGAAUCCUCCGCUCUUUACUGGCAUAAGAAGUUAGAGCUAUCGUCUUCCAGUCUUACCAAGAUUGGCGUUGGAAGGGUUUCAACGACCUUAGUCACAAACGCAAUCUUGAGAGAGCUUGAAAAUAUCCUAGACAUGACACAAUUGAAAAAUCAUGAUCUUAUCAAGGAAUUGGUCAACAACACUGCUGUGAAUGUUUUGAACACGAAGUAUUACGCGACCGCAGAUCAGGUUGAAAACUGCAUUAAGCCCUUCAAGUAUGAAAUUGACCUCGAAGAACGCGACUGGUCGGUAGCAGUGGAUCAUUCUACAAAGCUGAUGCGAGAAGAACUUAGACAGUGUAAUGAACGGCUUCAAGCCAUCAAAAACACUGUCGGAAGUCGGAAGCUGCAACAGGUGACAACAUACUUGCAACAGGAUUCUGCGCGCCAAGAGACGCUAGGAUUUUCUGCCCUCUUGCUUGAGAGGGGGCGGGAGGCUGCAUUCCUAGAGAAGAGAUCACAGCUUCUCAGCUUCCGCCUCAAGACUUUAAAAAACAGAUGCCACUCUACAGCCGACAAGGACAUAUGUCCCGAGGUGUUUUUGAACGCCGUAAGCGACAAACUUACGUCAACCGCUGUGCUCUUCCUGAACGUUGAAUUGCUGAGCGACUUCUUUUAUAACUUUCCUAUUGAGCUUGAUCGCAAGUUGACGGCACUCAGUGAUGAGCAGGUUGAAAUGUUUGCCAAGGAAGACCCACGUAUUGCUCGCCAUAUUGAGCUUCAGAAGCGCAAGGAGCUGCUGACACUCGCUCUCGAGCGCAUAGACUCGAUACUAGUGUUCAAGAAGAGUUACAAAAACGUGUCUCAGCCUUAG